CUUGGUCUGUGGCGACCAGGACGCUAAAACGUCGUCUAAGGCUUGCUAAUCUCGGCGAUGUUGUUAAAAAAGUGUUGUCCGAUCGAUGUUGCUGUCCUUCAAAUCCAUGAGCCCUCGAGACGCCAAACCCUGGAGACCUUCGGAAGCACUGGUUACGUCCUCGACACACCUUUCAUAUUCUGGCCGACUGGGAAAUGUGCCAAUAGCAUCAUCGAUAUUCGGUUCUCUUCAAGGCGAUCGAGUGCUCCUUGACGGCGAUGUUCAACACCCUUGCUAUGUCAUGUCAAGCCUCGUUACCCUUGAUAACUGGACCCAGAGGCAGGGUCGUGACAGCACGAUGACGUGCUGCGCAGGAGAGAUCGAGUGGAGACGGAGACGAUAUGGAAGACGAUGGAUGAGCUUCGACGACGAGUACAACGGCGAAACCGAUUGGGAUGACAGCAAGCGUUGACAUGGCAAAUAACUGAGCAACAUGGGAUAUAAAAGCCCAUGCAGCCCUCUGGAUACUAUUCAACAAAACACAUUACUUUCCACUUCAGCAUCUUCAUUUACUACACACACUCUUCACACAAAAUGGUCGCCUUGCGCUUUACUUCACUCUUUCUGUUCAUUUCUUCUGCCUUUGUUGUCGCUUCACCUCUUGCUCUGCGAGCACCGGUGAUCGAGAAGCGUGCAUCGAUCGGGGGUAUCGAUGGCACCCUCCCGGGCAUACAAGCUAACGGCGGGUCCGCCCUCGGCCAACGGGGUGGCUUGGGUGGCUUGGGUGGCGCCUUGGGUGGCUUAGGUGGUGCCGGUGCUGCUGGCGGUGCCGAUGGUGCUGGCGGUGCCGGUGGCCUAGGAGGCGCCUUGGGUGGCUUAGUUGGUGCCGGCGGUGCCGGUGGCCUAGGCGGUGCCUUGGGUGGCCUAGGCGGUGCCGGUGGUGCCGGUGGCUUAGGCGGUGCUCUGGGUGGCCUAGGCGGUGCAGGAGGUGCAGGAGGUGCAGCUGGCGCAGGUGGCGGAGCUGAUCUCGGCGGCCUCCUCCAACAGAUUCAAGGCGCUGUGAAGCGUGAAACUGCCCCCCAGAUUGCCCGGACCGUCUCGGCUCUAAUCGCUCGACUUGACGAGUACGGCGUGAGUCUCGAGGAUGCCGAUAAGGAUGAAGCAACUACUUCGAAGAGAGCCGCAGAUAAGAAAAAGAAAACCGGCUUGAAGAAAGCCAUUGGUAAGGGCAAAAAAGCCAGUCCCAAGAAAGCCGCCGCAAAGGUCGAAGACACCGAUUGAGCCUCCCGGAGUGGCCAACAUCUUCGGUAGACCUGGAGUACUCUGGGGAUCUACACAGUCAGCUAAAUUGCACAUCUAGUCUUCACACUCAUUGUAUUCAAUAUCAUAAAUCCAUGUUGGAGUACCUGCCAGUCUGAAA